GCGCACUGCGCGGCCUGCGCCGCGCUCUCGGCCCGGGUUCGGGGUGGGGGCAGGGAGGUAAGUACGGUAAUGGGCGGGGCCGAGCGUGGGCGCGCUCCGGCUUUCCUCCUGCGAAGCGCUCCCGUCAGCGCAGGGGGCGGGGCGCCUAUAUUACGUGCGCGGCGCCGCCCCUGCGAGAGGACGUUGCGUGCUCGCUCGCGCCAGGCGAGUCUCCGCGUCUCCCUCGCGAACUCGGUGAAAGGAAUUGGCGCCGUUCGACACCAGGCGGAUCCGCUCUGCAGCACGAACCCAUCUCCAGCCGCAGCCGCAGCCGCCGCCCGGGCCGAGGAGCAGCCGCAGCAGCCGCCACCAGUGGCAGAGUGAGCGGAGCCGAGUUUGAGGCAGCGCCUAGCGGUGAAUCGGGGCCCUCACCAUGAGUUCCUCGCCUGUUAAUGUAAAAAAGCUGAAGGUGUCGGAGCUGAAAGAGGAGCUCAAGAAGCGACGCCUUUCUGACAAGGGUCUCAAGGCCGAGCUCAUGGAGCGACUCCAGGCCGCGCUGGACGACGAGGAGGCCGGGGGCCGCCCCGCCAUGGAGCCCGGGAACGGCAGCCUAGACCUGGGCGGGGAUUCCGCCGGGCGCUCGGGAGCAGGCCUCGAGCAGGAGGCCGCGGUCGGCGGCGACGAAGAGGAGGAGGAAGACGAAGAGGAGGAGGAAGGAAUCUCCGCCCUGGACGGCGACCAGAUGGAGCUAGGAGAGGAGAACGGGGCCGCGGGGGCGGCCGACUCGGGCCCGAUGGAGGAGGAGGAGGCCGCCUCGGAAGACGAGAACGGCGACGAUCAGGGUUUCCAGGAAGGGGAAGAUGAGCUCGGGGACGAAGAGGAAGGCGCGGGCGACGAGAACGGGCACGGGGAGCAGCAGCCUCAACCGCCGGCGACGCAGCAGCAACAGACCCCACAGCAGCGCGGGGCCGCCAAGGAGGCCGCGGGGAAGAGCAGCGGCCCCACCUCGCUGUUCGCGGUGACGGUGGCGCCGCCCGGGGCGAGGCAGGGCCAGCAGCAGGCGGGAGGUAAGAAGAAGGCGGAAGGCGGCGGAGGCGGCGGUCGCCCCGGGGCUCCGGCGGCGGGGGACGGCAAAACAGAACAGAAAGGCGGAGAUAAAAAGAGGGGUGUUAAAAGACCACGAGAAGAUCAUGGCCGUGGAUAUUUUGAGUACAUUGAAGAGAACAAGUAUAGCAGAGCCAAAUCUCCUCAGCCACCUGUUGAAGAAGAAGAUGAACACUUCGAUGACACAGUGGUUUGUCUUGAUACUUAUAAUUGUGAUCUACAUUUUAAAAUAUCAAGAGAUCGUCUCAGUGCUUCUUCCCUUACAAUGGAGAGUUUCGCUUUUCUUUGGGCUGGAGGAAGAGCAUCUUAUGGUGUGUCAAAAGGCAAAGUGUGUUUUGAGAUGAAGGUUACAGAGAAGAUCCCAGUAAGGCAUUUAUAUACAAAAGAUAUUGACAUACAUGAAGUUCGUAUUGGCUGGUCACUAACUACAAGUGGAAUGUUACUUGGUGAAGAAGAAUUUUCUUACGGGUAUUCUCUAAAAGGAAUAAAAACAUGCAACUGUGAGACUGAAGAUUAUGGAGAAAAGUUUGAUGAAAAUGAUGUGAUUACAUGUUUUGCUAACUUUGAAAGUGAUGAGGUGGAACUCUCCUAUGCUAAGAAUGGACAAGAUCUUGGCAUUGCCUUCAAAAUCAGUAAGGAAGUUCUUGCUGGACGGCCACUCUUCCCGCAUGUUCUCUGCCACAACUGUGCAGUUGAAUUUAAUUUUGGUCAGAAGGAAAAGCCAUAUUUUCCAAUACCUGAAGAGUAUACUUUUAUCCAGAAUGUCCCCUUAGAGGAUCGAGUUAGAGGACCAAAGGGGCCUGAAGAGAAGAAAGAUUGUGAAGUUGUGAUGAUGAUUGGCUUGCCAGGAGCUGGAAAAACUACCUGGGUUACUAAGCAUGCAGCAGAAAAUCCAGGGAAAUACAACAUUCUUGGCACAAAUACUAUUAUGGAUAAAAUGAUGGUGGCAGGUUUUAAGAAGCAAAUGGCAGAUACUGGAAAACUGAACACACUGUUGCAGAGAGCCCCACAGUGUCUUGGGAAAUUUAUUGAGAUUGCUGCCCGAAAGAAGCGAAAUUUUAUUCUGGAUCAGACAAAUGUGUCUGCUGCUGCCCAGAGGAGAAAAAUGUGCCUGUUCGCAGGCUUCCAGCGAAAAGCUGUUGUAGUUUGCCCAAAAGAUGAAGACUAUAAGCAAAGAACACAGAAGAAAGCAGAAGUAGAGGGGAAAGACCUGCCAGAACAUGCGGUCCUCAAAAUGAAAGGAAACUUUACCCUCCCAGAGGUAGCUGAGUGCUUUGAUGAAAUAACCUAUGUUGAACUUCAGAAGGAAGAAGCCCAAAAACUUUUGGAGCAAUAUAAGGAAGAAAGCAAAAAGGCUCUUCCACCAGAAAAGAAACAGAACACUGGCUCAAAGAAAAGCAAUAAAAAUAAGAGUGGCAAGAACCAGUUUAACAGAGGUGGUGGCCAUAGAGGACGUGGAGGAUUCAAUAUGCGUGGUGGAAAUUUCAGAGGAGGAGCCCCUGGGAAUCGUGGCGGAUAUAAUAGGAGGGGCAACAUGCCACAGAGAGGUGGUGGCGGCGGUGGAAGUGGUGGAAUCGGCUAUCCAUACCCUCGUGCCCCUGUUUUUCCUGGCCGUGGUAGUUAUUCAAACAGAGGGAACUACAACAGAGGUGGAAUGCCCAACAGAGGGAACUACAACCAGAACUUCAGAGGACGAGGAAACAAUCGUGGCUACAAAAAUCAAUCUCAGGGCUACAACCAGUGGCAGCAGGGUCAAUUCUGGGGUCAGAAGCCAUGGAGUCAGCAUUAUCACCAAGGAUAUUAUUGAAUACCCAAAUAAAACGAACUGAUACAUAUUUCUCCAAAACCUUCACAAGAAGUCGACUGUUUUCUUUAGUAGGCUAACUUUUUAAACAUUCCACAAGAGGAAGUGCCUGCGGGUUCCUUUUUUAGAAGCUUUGUGGGUUGAUUUUUUUUUUCUUUUCUUUUUUGUACAUUUUUAAUUGCAGUUUAAAAGUGAAUCGUAAGAGAACCUCAGCAUUGUGCACGAUAAGAGAAUGUGUCAGUAUUUCAGGGUUCUACAUUUUAUCUGUAAAAUGUGACUUUUUUUUUUUAUCACAACAGAAGUAAAAUGUUGCUUUGUACCUGGUGUCUUUUAUUAAGAAUUUACUCCCCCCAUUUCUCACAGAGAAUAACAGUCGGGAGUCAUUGUCACAAUAUAAUAGAAAUGUUAGCAACCGGAUUCAUGUAAGGACUAAGUGGUCCUCAUGAAUUGCAUUAAGACUCUGUACUGCUCAUAUUACACUCCAUCCUCUCUAGUUUGCUGGGUAGUGGAGGGGGUAAGCUAAAUCGUAGUUUCUGACAAUAACUGGGAAGGAUUUUUCUUAAAUAACAAUGGAAUUGGUAUAAUUGGGAUUGAAAACCAAAACUUGGAACUAAGAUAGAGAAGAUGGAGUGUAUGUAGAAGGGCUGUUAAAAAUGUAAACCUUGGUUGCAUUAUUUGUGGAGGCUCAAACUUGUGAAGGUUAAAUACCAUAAUUUUUCCAUUUGUUCUGCAUUUUGAUUCUGAAAAGAAAGCUGGCUUUGCCCAUUUCUUAUUAAAAAAACUUGUUGUAAAUCCAGUUGUCUAAUGGGAUCUAUAUGAAGUUAGCCAUGUCUGUAUGCCCUUCUCCCACAAAAUACUGUAUAACUAGUGUGCUUGUAGUAGUUAACUCCACCAUCUUUGUAAGCUAAUGAAAUUGUGAGUCACCCAUUUAUAUCUUAAUUUUUAAUCAUGUCAGUUCUUGAAUGGGUAUCUCCUUAGCCUGCUGAUUUCUUUUUCUUUCUAAAGAAAGUGGGUGGAGAAAUUAAUUUAGACGUUUGUUUGCAAUAAAAAGAAUUCAUUUUACUCUU